CGCAUCUUCCUGCUCAAGUCUUCGGCGCUGCUGUCUGCGGCACUGGUAUUCGAAAGUGUCCGGAAGUGGCCGGGCCCUAGGCCUUUGAUGCGGGUUGGGAAAAAUGGCGGUGGUCGCUGUCUUCCCGGCUCUUGCGCGGAUGCUUGCUCUGUCAAGGCGCCACCUAGUGUCUCCUUCGCUCAGCAUGACAUCAUGCAGACGCUGCUACAGAGGUGACAGCCCGACAGAUUCCCAGAAGGAUAUGAUUGAAAUCCCUUUGCCUCCAUGGCAGGAGCGAACUGAUGAAUCUAUAGAAACCAAACGAGCCCGGCUGCUCUACGAGAGCAGGAAGAGGGGAAUGCUGGAAAACUGCAUCCUGCUUAGCCUCUUCGCUAAGGAACAUCUGCAGCACAUGACAGAGAAACAGCUGAACCUCUACGAUCGCCUGAUUAAUGAACCCAGUAACGACUGGGAUAUUUACUACUGGGCUACAGAAGCAAAACCAGCCCCAGAAAUAUUUGAAAACGAGGUCAUGGCCCUGCUGAGAGACUUCGCUAAGAACAAAAACAAAGAGCAGCGACUGCGGGCCCCGGAUCUUGAAUACCUCUUCGAAAACCCACAUUGAGCUACGUGCCGCCGCCUGCCUGGCUUUGGGGGCUACACGGAUGCUCAUCGCCUGCGAUGGGUACUGUCCUUGAUGUGCUGCUUCUCCUUAGAUGCUCAGCCCACCCGGACCUCUGGUCCUGCCUGCAGUGAUGGACCCACCUCUCUCCAAGGACAUGUGUAUGUUCAGUAUGUCUCAUGCUAAGACCCUUCGGCUCCCGUCUAAGCCUCAGAAGCAGUUUGUCCAUGUUACUGUCACUCGGGCCUGACUCUCUCUCUGGCUCCAUAGGAGGAAGCAUUGUGCCAGCUCACUGCUUCAGCCAGAAGUGUGCUCGGUGUGAAGAGGCAGCCAGCUGCCUGUGCUGUGUGGAAAGCUCCCUGGGUGAGCCAGGGCUUUGUCCCUGUGAAAUUCCCCCUUCCAGCCUGGGUUGGUUCUUUCUGCCAGGGGAAGCUGAUCCAAGCCCCCUGAGUAGAACCCUUCAAAGACCCAGCAGGCAGAAUGAGGGCAGCGGGUAGGAACAGUGUGGGCGUGCUGCUUAAGAGUCAGCAUCUUCAGCAGAUUUUCUCUAGGAUGCUCAUUUUAUAAACAGAACAAUAAUUGUAUAUAUUAAAGAAUAUUUUAAAAAGGAAAAUCACAACUCAGCCCUCACCCAAUUAUUUUAAUUUUGUGUGUUUUCAUGCAGGCAUAUGUUUAGAGUUUUACAAGGUCACAAUCUCCAUGAAUCAAUUAUAGCAAACGUUUUCUGUAUUUCUGCAGUCUCCACAAUUGGUUUAGUUGAUAAACUGAUAAUGUGUAAGAAAUAAUAUGUUAGGAUGAAUUAGCAGAAUGUGUUUAGCUCCAGAACCAAAAGACUUUUGGUUGCUAGGAGGGUGGUUUUGUCUUGCUGGAGGAACUUUGCCCUCGGAGCUGUCAUCCAGACAGAACAGAUGUCACCCAGAUUGGGCCAGGACACAGGUGUGAAUUGGAGAAAACAGGCCAGACUUGCUAGGCAGGCGGUUGGUGAAUACCAGAGACACACAGGCAGGAUGUACCUGUUCCCACAUCGUGGAGUUGUGGGGUUCCCACGGAACCUCUGUGUGGUCCUGCCCGCCCUUCAGGGUCCUUGGCUGAGGAGAGGAGAGGAAAGAACCAGUCUUUCAUUACUUUCGGGAUCUCAGUAGAGCUUCCCAGCUCUCUUGUAGACAAAAGCUGUCAUGCCUAUUUUGCAGAUGAGAAAGUGGGCUCUGAAAGAGUGGUCUGUCCCAGAUCAAGUCACUAUUUAGUCACGAAGCCAAAACUUUGCUUAGUUCAGUCUGUCUUCAAAGCUCAUGAACUUUCUGCCAGAACAUGCUGCCUUACUGGUAGAAACUAUAGAAAUCUUCGCUUUAAGAAGUUACAGCCAAGAGACUUCAGGUCUGAGCUGUGACCUGUGUGUCAUGCAGGGGACAGGAAGCUGCCAGGUGCUUCCCAAAAGAAGAACUCAGUCACCCAAGGUGGCUCUUCUAAGGGAAGAAGCAGGGCUGGCAGUAGGUACAAGUCAGAUCCUGGCUCCACUGCCCACUUGCUGGGUAAGUGAAUGGGGCUGAGCCUCAGUUUCCUCGUAUGUAUAACAGGGAUGAUGACUUUCCCUGUCUUAACUAUUUCUGAAGAUCAGACAUGAAGAGAUAAAGCUCAUGUCUCAAGACUUUCAUUGUCCUCAUUACACAGUAAGCUCUUGGUCGAUGUUAGGUGUCAGCUUUUGGUUAUGGCUUCAGUCUGAGAACUUGUAUCUUAACGCAAAAGGCCUGGCGUGUCAGCAAGGUCACCAGAGCUUCAUGCAGGGCCGAGCCCUCUGCCGGUAGGAAAGCCAGGCCUGUUAAAGAACCACAGAGUGUCUUAACCAGCCAGUGAAGACUGGAGAGAAAACAGACCCUAUGUCGAGGCCUCUGAAGGAAAAAUUUGUAGCAUGAUCAUCUAAGCAAGGAAUGGGAGUGAGAAAUGGAGGGCAGAAGCCAGUUUUGAUGGCCCAGGGAGCUCACUGCAGACCCUGGCCAAUCUCUCUGGCCUUGUUUGAUGUACCGUGAGGAGAAUGUUAAUGUAGAGAGAUGUCUGGACUGUCAGAAGCACACAUGACAGUUGGGCUGUGACCCAACUAUCCUAGACUCCUGGACAGCAUAUCUCCGCAGCCAAGUAUGCAGUUUGGGCUUUUUUUCCCCUGGGGGUUUGAUCUCUCCUCGCCUGAUUUUUGUCUUAUUUAAUAUAAGGGGUUCAGCUGCCACUUUCACCUGGGGACGGCAUGCUUCUAAAGAGGUUGUUUUCCUCCCAGGCUGCUGGUCUGUGUCAUCUCUGGAAGUGAAGGAUCUUACUAACUUCAGCUGCUCGGUGUCAGACCCAGGGGUGCUAUGUAAACAGUUUUUCCCUUUAUUAGGCAUUGAGUGAAACUAGGCCGGCCACAGGACAUUUUUUUAAAAUUAAUAAACAUACAGCGAGGGCCAGCAGCCCCCCAAGGAUCUGUGAGGAACCAGAAUCUGGACUCAUUCCUCUCCGUUUGACACCUCACUGCUCGCUGACCUCAUUCAGAGCGUGUGCACACGGGCAUCUGGCCCUGCCCCUCCCCACCUGUAGAGAUCUCGUGAGACCUGUCACACAGGCUCCCACAUCAGACGUCAAGUGGGGGCAGUAAAAGCUGUCUUCUCCCCAGCAUUUAUUCUCUUAAUCAUUUUAAGUCUUCAGAAUCCAUAAGCCAAAUCUCCUUUGCCCAACUCUGGACCUUAGAUGGGGCGUAUCUGUCGGGGUCACUACAGAGCCACCUCUGACCAGCACAAGCCACCGUCGGGAGGUCACGUGCCCCGUCUCCUCAGCUCCAGCCAGGGCGGCAACUGGUACAAACCUCACUCACACUUUUAAACAGCCCCAGGGAAAGAUUCCGCUGGGCAAGUUGAGAGUUUACUUUUAUCUUUCCGUCCAUCUGCUACACAGAGGGAGGUUCGUGAUGGGGAAGUUCACAUGGCCGUAAACAGCAAGCAGGGCUGAGACUUGUCUGGUAACUUGUUGUUAGCACAGGCGGUCGUGUCAGGGUGGAGGACUUGCCGUCCUGCAGCUGUCGGGCCAAGAGUGCGCAUCAGCUCCCAGCUCAGCCACCGUGUUUGGUCUCCCAGUGAACCCUCUGGAGGUGAGGACCGGCAUUAGGAUCUUCCCCACCCCCGUCAGGCGUGGGGGCAUCAGUGGGACAGUGACCUGAGGCAAGGAGUGCUCCUCUGCCUUUAAAAAACAAAUCUCGGGGGGUGGGGGGGAAUGUCAGGCACCAGACAUUUCAGGGAGGACGGUAGAAAAGUUGAAGCUAUCGAAGAUAAAUAUUAUCAGGCAUCCAAAGAGGAGAUCAGUCCUCCUUGUAGCCUGAGAAGUAAAGUCUUCAGCUGGGUCCCAGGUCCCCCCCGAAUCCAAAUAUCCCUGCCAAGGAUGAGACUGUUCUCUAAGAGGACAACAUAAACACACUUUCCGUAACUACACAUCACAGCAUGUAGCAUUAAAAAGCAAAUUAUGACGUUACAAUGACCAUAGUUCCCCAGUAGGUUUCAGUUACUUUCUGUGUUGUGGAACAUUCAUAUUUGGUGAUGCCCGGGGACACGGGUUGGAGAAAUAGAGCAGAGCAGUUUAGGGAGACAGACCCAAGGUAGAAUCCUGGCUCUCCCGUUGGUCAGCUGGGUGACCUUGGGCAUGCUGUUUAACCUUGUCCACACUCUGUGUCUCAUCCGUAAAAGGUAAGGUCAAAGAGCCACCUCAUGUGUGGGCACAAAGACAAAAGUCACACAUGGGAUGUGCUCGGCGCGGUGCCUGGCACCUGAGUGACGUCGUCAUGGCCAGUGGUGUUGGCUGAUGGUGUGCCCAGCACUCCUCAGAUGACGUCACUCAGGCCUCAAACCAGGGAUCCGAGGUGGGCACAACUAUCAUUUCCUCUGUCCAGGUGAGGAAAGUGAGGCCUGGUAAGAUUAAGCUGCUUGCCCCAAAUCAGAGGCCAGAAGUUGGGGCAGCUGGACUUGGAAGCUGGACAGUGGGCCUCCAGUGCCUGUGCUCCGAAGCCAUCUGCUACCUCCAUUACCAAGUAAGCGGGGCCUUGAGAAGCGCUUGCACAAUUGGGCUUGCCUGAGCUCUUGCACCCUACUGCCACCACCUGGAAGUCUCCCCAGGUGAGCUUUCCAGAGAGUGAGAGACGUGUGUCCAAGUCAUACCUGUCCCCUCAGCCGAAGCCAGCUGAUAGGCAGAUGGCCCCAACCCUAUCUCAGCCAAGCCCAGUCCAGAUUGCAAACUCAGAGACCCUUUAGGUAAAUAAAAGCUUAUUACUUUAA